CCCGCCGCCGGCGCGCGCUCUCCGCCACUCGACCGCCAGCGCCGCCAACUUCGGAGCGGCCGGCGGGACGAUGGGGGCGCCCCCGGGCCGGGUCACGUAGCCGCGCCGCCCCGGACAGCCCGCGCGGCCCUUCCUGCGCCGGGGCCAUGGGCGGCCGCGGCGUCCCCCUGUGCGCGGCGCACCCCGCGGUGGUCGAGGCUGGCCCGGCCCGGGAGCCGCUGCAGCCCGUGGACCUGCCCCCCUGCAAGAGGCUGCCCGCCGGGCCCGAGCAGGACCCAUGUGGCAGCCGCCCUGCGCCCGAGGGCGCCGGGGCAGGCGCCGAGCACGGCCACUCGGCCGGCGGAGGGGGCUGGUGCCGCCACUGCCACACGAAGCUCGCCGAGCUCAAGCGACAGGCCUGGAAGCUGGUCAGCGGGCCCGGGACGCCCCUCCGGGACCCUUGCUUCUCUGCUCUGCUGCUCGACAAGCUCCCGGUGCCCGGGGCCCUGCCAUCGUGCCACCCGGAGGCCGAGCGCCGCUGCGCCGUCUGCGCCACCCACCUGAACCAGCUCACGCGGGAGGCCCUGCGGCUGCUGCAGGCCCCCGCCGGCCGGGAGGACCUCGACGCCCCGCACGGAGGCCCCGGCCUCGUGCCGCCCGGCCCCGGCCCCAUGACCGGCCCGCGGGAUGGACCAGCGGUGGCGGGCCCAGCCGGGAGGCCGCCGGGCCGAGCGGGGCCCGACAGGCGGAAGGGGCUGGCCUGGCCCGCGGGGCCCAGCGUCCAGGUGUCGGUGGCGCCUGCCGGCCUGGGCGGGGCGCUGAGCACCGUCACCAUCCAGGCUCAGCAGUGCCUGGAGGGCAUGUGGAGCGUCUCCAGGGUCAACAGCUUCCUGCCCCCGUCCUGCCUGGCGGAGGCGGCGGUGGCCGCGGUGGCGGUGGCAGACACGGUCCGAGAUGGCCCUCCCUCCGGGGGCCCCGAUGGCGUGUCAAGGAUGUGGGGCCGCGGGGGGGCCUGCACCACAGCCCUGGUCUCCCCGGCCCCGGGCACCCCGGCUGCGGGCUCUGCAGGCCCAUCGGCGGCGGCCUCCUUCUUUGUCAGGGCCGCCCAGAAGCUCAGCCUGGCCAAGCGCAAGAAGCCCCACCCGCCGCCGGCCCCCGCCGCCCGAGGCGCCUCCACCUACCCGACGGACUUCAGCGGGGUCCUGCAGCUGUGGCCGCCCCCCGUGCCCCCCUGCCUGCUCAGGGCCGCCUCCAAGGCCAAGGACCACCCCAGCACUGCCGGAAAGGUGAAGGUCAUGCUGCGGGUCUGGCCGGCCCAGGGGGCCCAGCGCGCGGCCGAGUCCACGGCCUUCCUGAAGGUGGACCCGCGGAGGAAGCAGGUGACCCUCUACGACCCGGCCGCCGGGCCCCCAGGCAGCGCAGGCCCCCGGCGCGCGGCCACCGCCACGGUCCCGAAGAUGUUCGCCUUCGACGCCGUCUUCCCCCAGGACGCGGAGCAGGCCGAGGUCUGUGCGGGCGCCGUGGCCGACGUGCUCCAGUCAGUGGUCAGUGGGGCUGACGGCUGCAUUUUUUCCUUCGGCCACACGGGCCUUGGCAAGUCCUACACCAUGAUCGGGAGGGACAGCUCGCCCCAGAGCCUGGGCGUCACGCCCUGCGCCAUCUCCUGGCUCUUCCGGCUCAUCGACGAGCGCAAGGAGCGGACGGGCACCCGCUUCUCCGUCCGUGUCUCGGCCGUGGAGGUGUGCGGCCGCGACCAGGGCCUGCGGGACCUGCUGGCCGAGGUGGCCUCGGGCAGCCUCCAGGACGCGCAGUCCCCGGGCGUGUACCUGCGGGAGGACCCCGUCUGUGGGGCGCAGCUGCAGAACCAGAGCGAGCUGCGGGCGCCCACGGCCGAGAAGGCGGCCUUCUACCUGGACGCGGCCCUGGCGGCCCGCAGUGCCAGCUGCCCCCAGGACGCCCGGGGCUCCCACAUGCUCUUCACGCUGCACGUCUACCAGUACCGCGUGGAGAAGUGCGGCAAGGGCGGAAUGUCCGGGGGCCGCAGCCGCCUGCACCUCAUUGACCUGGGCAGCUGCGAGGGGGCGCCCAGCCGGAGCGGGGAGGCCCCCGGUGGCCCCCCGAGUGUGUCCCUGUCGGCCUUGGGUAGCGUCAUCCUGGCCCUGGUCAGCGGAGCCAAGCAGGUGCCCUACAGGGAGCACCGGCUCACCAUGCUGCUGCGGGAGGCCCUGGCCCCCGGCUGCCACGCCACCAUGAUCGUCCACGUCUCCGCCGCCCCGGCCCGCCACGCCGAGACACUCAGCACCGCGCAGCUGGCCGCCCGCAUUCACCGCCUGCGCAGGAAGAAGGUCAAGUAUGCGUCCAGCUCCUCCGGGGGGGACAGCUCCUGUGAGGAAGGCCGUGCCCGCCGCCCCCCGACCCUGCCUCCCUUCCACCCCCGCUCCGGGGCCCAGGACCCCGGCCGCCUGGCCCCCAGCUCGCCCCGCGACCCCGACUACUCGUCCAGCAGUGAGCAGUCUUGCGACACGGUCAUCUACGUGGGACCCGGCGGGGCGGCGUUGUCGGACCGCGAGCUCACGGACAACGAGGGCCCGCCCGACUUCGUGCCCAUCAUUCCGGCGCUGAGCCGCCGCUGGCCGUCUGGGGGCCCGCGGGAUGCCGACCACUUCCGCUGCAGCACCUUCGCGGAGCUGCAGGAGCGGCUCGAGUGCAUCGACGGCAGCGAGGGGCCCCCCGGCCCAGCCCCGGGGGGCAGGAAGCCGUCGCUGCCCGAGGCCGCGGCCCCCAGGAUGGCCGUGGGCACCCCGCUGGCCGCCAGCACGCCUCACGGCAGCCCUGGCCCAGACCCCCACCGGGGCGCCCCGGAGCCCUCCCAGGCCACCAGGGACCUGCGGGAGGACGGCAGCUCCAGGCCUGAGCAGCUGGGGCCAGGCAAGGUCACGGGCGGCGGAGGCAGGAGGCCACUGCCCAGCCCGGCUCCUCCGCCACCUGGGAAGCUGGACGCUGGCCGAGCCCCCGACCAGCCCGCGGACGACGUGGUCCGGACACCCCCGGUGGGCAUGAGCGGACAGGGGGGCCACCCGCGCCCGUGCACGCGGGGCCUGCUGACCACCACGGUGACGCUGCAGCAGCCCCUGGAGCUGAACGGCGAGGAUGAGCUGGUGUUCACGGUGGUGGAGGAGCUGGCCCUGGGCGGGCGCCCCGCCAGCCUCGCCAGCCUCAGCAGCGACUGCUCCCUCCAGGCCCUGGCCUCGGGUUCGAGGCCCGUGAGCAUCAUCAGCAGCAUCAACGACGAGUUUGACGCCUACACCGCGCAGGCCGCUGGCUCCUCCAGCAGCUCCCGGCUCAGCGAGCUCAGCGCCUGCACCCCCAGCCGCGGCCCCACCCCGCAGCCGCCCUCUCGGGCCAGCCCGGACCCUUUCAGCCCCGACUCAGCAGGGCCCGGCCCUCUGGGCCCUCCGAUCCCGGACAGCCCCCCGGAGGACGGCAACUUGGGGUCCUCAGAGUGCGGCAGUCCAGACGGUCCUGGCCCCGUGGCUGCCGCAGCCUCGGUCCGGCGGGGCAGGGAACCCUGGGCCGGGUCCCCACACGGGGCAGCCCCGGCGCAGACCAUCCACUCCAGCCUUCCCCGGACACCCAGAGCUACCUCCGCCGGCAGCCACGCGGGCUGCCCGCGCCUGGCGCUGAGCCCGCCGGGCCCCGGAGGCCUGUUCGAGGACCCCUGGCUGCUCCGGGGGCACGAGUGUGGCCCGCUUCAGGGGGCCGCCGGCAGGAUGCCCAGCCCGGCCGGUGUGAUGUCUUGCUCCCGGAGGGUGGUGGAUGGCUGUGAGGUGGCAGCCAGGGGGGCCCCCAGGCCCCAGGCCGUGGCUCAGAUCCCGCCGCUGCGGAGGGGGGCCACCACCCUGGGCGUGAGCACGCCCGCCACGCCCUGUGGGGAGGUCCCAGCCGAGGCAGCGGCUGGUCUGGGCAGCGCAAAGGCCGCCCCCAGCAGCAAGAAGAGUGUGGCCCCCAAGGGGACCCUGGUCCCCAGGCCCGGCGGCUCCGCCCCCCCGGCCCCACCCGUGCGCAAGUCCAGCCUGGAGCACAAGGCCGGCCCUGCGCCCGCCCCUACCCCGGCCGGGGCCCUGACCAGGCCCGGGGCUGCCGCCUUCUGCCGGGGGGAGGAGGAGGCCAGGCCCACCGGCCGGGCCGACCACUCCGUCUCCAGGGCCGUGUCCAGCCUGAAGGUCCGGGCGGGCAAGGCGGAGGCCGCAUGCCGCUCCCCCACCCACGGGUCCCUGGAGCGGAGCGAGGGGCUGGCCCACGGCGGCGGCAAGGCCCGGGAGGCCGCCGGGAGGCCCGCUCGGGCCGUGCCCAGGUUGGGUGUGCCCCCCACCGGCGCCCCGCCCGGGCCCGCUCCUGCCUGUAGGGGCAGCCCGGUCAAGGGCGUGGGGCUCCCCAAGUCCCCAGCUGGAGGCAGCAAGGGCCGCAGCCUGGCUGCCAGCGGGUCAAGGGCUCUGGGAGCGUCGGCGAAGCUGCUGGCCCCCGUGGCAGGCAGGAGCCCCGGCAGCCCCGUGGCAGGACCUAGGGCGGCUCCCCGGGCCCCCCCGGGCACUGGGGCCAAGGCCAGCCGGGGCACCAUCAUGGGCACCAAGCAGGCGCUCCGGGCCGCCCACAGCCGUGUGAACGAGCUGGCGGCCAGAGGCGGCCCCUCCUGGGGCUCGGCCGACUCGGACAGCGGCAACGACAGCGGCGUGAACGUGGGCGAGGAGCGGCCGCCCGCGGGCCCCACGCUGCCCUCGCCCUACAGCAAGGUGACGGCCCCACGGCGGCCCCAGCGCUACAGCAGCGGCCAUGGCAGCGACAACAGCAGCGUGCUGAGCGGGGAGCUGCCGCCUGCCAUGGGCCGCACGGCGCUGUUCUACCACAGCGGGGGCAGCAGCGGCUACGAGAGCAUGAUGCGCGACAGCGAGGCCACGGGCAGCGCCUCCUCCGCGCCCGACUCCAUGAGCGACAGCGGGGCCGGCUCCCCGGGCUCCCGCGCCCGCAGCCUCAAGUCCCCCAAGAAGAGGGCCACAGGCCUGCAGCGCAGACGGCUGAUCCCCGCCCCACUGCCCGACGCCGUGGCCCUGGGCCGCAAGCCCAGCCUCCCCGGGCAGUGGGUGGACCUGCCCCCACCCCUGGGCACCUCGCUGAAGGAGCCCUUCGAGAUCAAGGUGUACGAGAUUGACGACGUGGAGCGCCUGCAGCGGCACCGGCCGCCCCCUCGCGAGGCCGUGGAGCCCUCCCAGGACACCGGGAAGGGCCUGGUGUGCGCCAGUGCGCAGCUGCGGCUGGCCGAGCGCAGGCAGCAGAGGCUGCGGGACGUACAGGCCAAGCACCAGCGCCUUCGCAUGGAGCUGGCGGAGACACAGGGCCGGCUGAUGGUGGAGCCUGGCCGCUGGCUGGCGCAGUUUGAGGUGGACCCGGCGCUGGAGCCCGAGUCGGUGGAGUACCUGGCGGCCCUGGAGCGCGCCACGGCCGCGCUGGAGCAGCACGUGAACCUGUGCAAGGCCCACGUCAUGAUGGUCACCUGCUUCGACAUCCGCGUCGCCACCCCGGCCGCCACCCCGGGGCCGCAGGAGGUGGACGUCUGAGGCCGGAGGCCGUGGCUCGGGGCGGGACGUGCAGGGCUGAGGCGGGAUGUGGGGUGGACGGAGGAUGUGGGGGGGCUGGGGGGACGUGGAUGCUGGGGCCCCGUGCAGGACGGGGGCCGGGAGUCGGUGGAACACGAGGGCGAGGCGUGGGCGGAGGGCUGAGUGCACGUGACGAGGGGACUGUGGCCACCCAGACAGCAACGCAAGUGCCUUUAACUGGAAUCGGACUUCUCUUCCUUGACGUUUGGUGCUAAGCACUCCAGACACCAGCAGCCGCUGUGCCGGGCCCCGGCCAUGGGGCGGGCGUGGGGGCGGCCGUGUGGGGGCGUCUUGUCUCCUUUGCAGCAGGUUCACGUGGCUGCAGGCGGGGCCCCCCGUCCCAUCAGGAGUCAGCCCGUCUCCUUCCUGCUGCCUCCGCCCGCAGGCUCCUCCCGCCAGGACCUGCUCUGUCCCAGGACCCGGAGGCAGUGCCCAGGGCCGAGCCCACGGCACGCGGCACCUUCUUCCACGGCAGGAAUUCUUACCAAAACCACAGCAGAGAACCCGCACACGGGAUGGGGGGGGGUUUGCAGCGGUUCUGUCAGGCCCGUGUUUUGUAUCAUUUUGUGAUAAACGCGGUAUUUGCCGUGGGGUUUGCAGACAAAGGGUCUAUGUUUUUACGGUUUUCUAUGGAAGGUGCCCUCGGGGGCUCUCUGGGGCCCCCGGGCAGCACGGGGGGGGGGGGGGGGGGGGCGAGGGCGUCCCCGCCACGGCGGGCUGUUUUCUGACCGCGGUGCGCUUUUCCGGGGGCGCCCACCCCUUUGUACAAAUGUGUAGAUUUCACUUUCCGUGGCUUCUAUUUGUGAAUAAAAGACGCAUCGAUUGUU